AUGACAGGGAAAAAGGAAAAGGCCAGUGAGAAAAGGGAAAAGAGACUCCAAGAGAUUUCCCUUCUUAGGACCAUUCCUUAUUCUGAUCAUCAAAGGUGGUGGUCAGAAGAAACAAUUGCUGUAGUAACGGGUGCAAAUAGAGGGAUUGGAUUUGAGAUUGCAAAACAACUAGCGGGGCAUGGAUUGACUGUAAUACUAACAUCAAGGGACACAAGUGUGGGCAUUGAAGCAGCCAAGGUGUUACAAGAAGGAGGUUUCAAUGUGGAUGUCCAUCAGCUCGACAUCUUGCACGAGGAAUCCAUCUCUGAAUUUACUAAAUGGAUAAAAGAAAAAUAUGAUGGCGUUGAUAUUCUGGUAAAUAACGCAGGUGUUAACUACAAUCUUGUGUCUGGAAAUUCAAUGGAGUACGCGAAGCAGAUGAUUGAGACCAAUUAUUUUGGCACCAAAAAUAUGAUUAAAGCAAUGAUUCCAUUGAUGAGACCUUCCGCUGCUGGGGCUCGUAUUGUUAAUGUUAGCUCACGCCUAGGUAAACUAAACGGCCGCCGCAGUAGGAUUGAAGAUGAAGCUUUGAGGGAAAAGCUAAGCAAUUUAGAAACUCUAUCUGAGGAUCUAAUUGACAACAUGGUGUCGACAUUUCUACAACAAGUUGAAGCUGAUACAUGGCAAUCAGGUGGAUGGCCUCAGAAAUUUACCGACUACGCUGUAUCUAAGCUUGCUGUUAAUCUUUACAGUAUGCUAAUGGCUAAACAACUCUCUGAACGACCAGAAGGUGAAAAGAUAUAUAUAAAUUGUUAUUGUCCGGGAUGGGUCAGAACUGCUAUGACAAGUUGGUCCGGCAAUGUCUCGGCAGAGCAUGCCGCGGAUACCGGCGUCUGGCUUGCUUUGCUUCCCAACGAGGCCGUCACAGGGAAACUUUUUGCUGAGAGACGGGAAUUGAAAGUGUGAGACAAUGAAAAAAAGGUUACAUAUUGUAGGGUUUGAAGAAGAUUUGUUGAGUUUAAAAAGUUUGUGAAAGCUUUUGCUUUUAUUCAUGGAAACUGGA